CCAAUAUCAAUUCUCCAAUCUCCAAAGUUAAUUUAUCUGUCAUUCCUUUAAUAAUAUCUACAUUCCAUAUUCUUGUUGUAAAAUGGAUUCUUCCUCUAAGAAAAAACCAAUCGCUUAUUUAACGCGAAAAGAACACAUAUCUUGCUGUCAUCGUUUGAAUAGCCCAUUUUUAAAUGAAUACGAUAAUGCUAGAGUGUAUGGGAAAUGCAAUAACAUUUAUGGACAUGGACAUAAUUAUACAGUGGAAGUAACCGUCCGCGGACCCAUAGAUCCAUCAACAGGCAUGGUUCUUAAUUUAUCAGAUUUAAAAGAAUGCAUGCAGAAAGUGGUGAUAGAUGAAAUGGAUCAUAAAAAUAUAGAUAAACAAGUAGAACAUUUUACAAACAACACAAUAUCUACCACUGAAAAUAUUGCUGUUUACAUUUUUGAGCAGUUGAAGAAACAUAUGUCCAACCCAAAAUUACUUUAUGAAGUCAAGGUCCACGAAACUGACAAAAAUGUUAUGUACUUCAGAGGCGAGUAUGAUGAAAAUGAAUAAAAUGUUAUAUAUUUUAAAUGCGAAUGUGAUAAAAA